GAGUCUGGCAGAAUGACAGCUACAACCUGUAAGGCCGGUUUCCACGUGACUCUGACGUGUUUUUACUCUCUGGAUUUCUGAGGGUGUGAAGGCGUCCUCAGAUCAGAUGCAGGCAGACUCAGUACUGAAGAGGAAGAAAUGAGCAGAGUUUCCUCCUCACCUGAAGAGAGUCUGUGAGUAGACCUGAAGAGAGUCUGUGGAGGCUCUGCUAUGGAUCAGUGUGAGGACAGAGAGGAGGAAGCCCCCCCCCUCUAAAAGCUCUGGGGAACAUGACAGCCAGACCAAAGCUCAGAGCCCAGAGCAAACACCACAUCCUGCUGGACCUGGACCUGGACCUGGACCUGGACCUGGACCUGGACCUGGACCUGGACCGGGACCGUGACCUGGACCCAGCUCUGUGUCCAGUAACCAGCUUACUGGCAGAGACCAGAACCAGAUAUUCUCACAAAGUGCCAAGGUGAACUCAAAUCAAACCUGAAGAAAACAUAUGAAAAUAUCAAAUUUAUGGAAAAAUCCGAACCCCUACAUGAAAUCUACACGGAGAUCUACAUCACCAAGGGAGACACCGGAGAGGUCAACAAGGAACAUGAGAUCAGACAGAUCGAACAAGCAUCCAGUAAACCAGACAGAUCAGAAACACCCAUCAGACAAGAAGACCUCUUUAAAGGCUCAACUGAAAGAGGUAAACCAAUCAGAGCAGUGAUGACAAAGGGAGUGGCUGGCAUUGGGAAAACAGUCUUAACACAGAAGUUCACUCUGGACUGGGCUGAAGGCAAAGCCAACCAGGACAUCCAGUUCAUAUUUCCAUUACCUUUCAGAGAGCUGAAUGUGGUGAGAGAGAACAAGUACAGCUUGGUGGAACUUGUUCAUCACUUCUUCUCUGAAACCAGAGAGGCAGGAAUCUGCAGGUUUGAUCAGUUCAAGGUUGUGUUCAUCUUUGACGGUCUGGAUGAGUGUCGACUUCCUCUGAAAUUCCACAACACUGACAUCCUGACUGAUAUCAGAAAGUCCACCUCAGUGGAUCGGCUGCUGACAAACCUCAUCAAGGGGAAGCUGCUUCCCUCUGCUCGCCUCUGGAUAACCACACGACCUGCAGCAGCCUAUCAGAUCACUGAGUAUGUGGACAUGGUGACAGAGGUCCGAGGGUUCACUGACCCACAGAAGGAGGAGUACUUCAGGAAGAGGUUCAGAGAUCAGGAGCAGGCCGGCACCAUCAUCUCCCACAUCAAGACCUCCCGAAGCCUCCACAUCAUGUGCCACAUCCCAGUCUUCUGCUGGAUCUCUGCUUCAGUUCUGGACCACAUGUUGAAAACUGAGGGAGGAGAGCUGCCCAAGACCCUGACUGAGAUGUACAUCCACUUCCUGGUGAUUCUGUCCAAAGUGAACGUCAAGUAUGAUGAAGGAGUUAAGACAGGUCUAAACUGGAGUCCAGAGAGCAGGAAGAUGAUGGAGUCUCUGGGAAAACUGGCUUUUGAGCAGCUGCAGAAAGGCAACCUGAUCUUCUAUGAGUCCAACCUGAGAGAGUGUGGCAUCGAUAUCAGAGCAGCCUCAGUGUACUCAGGAGUGUUCACACAGGUCUUUAGAGAGGAGAGAGGAACGUACAAGAACACAGUGUUCUGCUUCGUCCAUCUGAGCGUUCAGGAGUUUCUGGCUGCUCUUCAUGUCCAUCUGACCUUCAUCAACUCUGGAGACAACCUGAUGGCCCCCUGGUGGUCUAAAGUCUUCAGACGAAAACCUAAACAUCUCUACCAGAGUGCUGUGCACAAGGCCUUACAUAGUUCAAACGGACACCUGGACUUGUUCCUCCGCUUCCUCCUGGGUCUUUCACUGGAGACAAAUCAGACCUUAUUACAAGACCUGCUGACACAGACAGGAAGUAGCUCACAGACCAACCAGAAAACAGUGAAAUAUAUCAAGAAAAAGAUAAGAAAGAACCCGUCUCCGGAGAAAAGCAUCAACCUGUUCCACUGUCUGAAUGAACUGAAUGAUCAUUCUCUGGUGGAGGAGAUCCAACAGUCCCUGAGUUCAGGCAGUCUCUCCACAGAGGAUCUGUCUCUUGCUCAGUGGUCGGCUCUGGUCUUCAUCUUACUGUCAUCAAAAGAAGAUCUGGACGUGUUUGACCUGAAGAAAUACUCUGCUUCAGAGGAGGCUCUUCUGAAGCUGCUGCCAGUGGUCAAAGCCUCCAGGAAAGCUCUGCUGAGUGGCUGUAACCUGUCAGAGAGAAGCUGUGCAGCUCUGUCCUCAGUCCUCAGCUCCCAGUCCUCUAGUCUGAGAGAGCUGGACCUGAGUAACAACGACCUGCUGGAUUCAGGAAUGAAGCUGGUAUCUGCUGGACUGGAGAGUCCACACUGUGACCUGGAGACUCUCAGAUUAACUGGCUGCAACCUGUCAGAGAGAAGCUGUGAAGCUCUGUCCUCAGUCCUCAGCUCGCAGUCCUCUAGUCUGAGAGAUCUGGACCUGAGUAACAACGACCUGCAGGAUUCAGGAGGGAAGCUGCUGUCUGCUGGACUGGAGAGUCCACACUGUAAACUGGAGACUCUCAGACUGUCAGGCUGUCUGGUCACAGAGGAAGGCUGUGUUUCUCUGGCUUCAGCUCUGAGAUCCAACCCCUCCCAUCUGAGAGAGCUGGACCUGAGCUACAAUCAUCCAGGAGACUCAGGAGAGAAGCGGCUUUCUGCUGGACUGGAGGAUCCACUCUGGAGACUGGACACUCUCAGGCUGGACCAUGGUGGAGAGCAGAGGUUAAAACCAGGUGUGAGGAAGUAUUCCUGUGAACUCACCCUGGACUCAAACACAGUGAACAGAGACCUCAUCCUGUCUGAGGACAACAGGACGGUGACAUGUGUGGAGGAGCAGCCAUAUCCUGAUCAUCCAGAGAGGUUUGACUCCUGGUCUCAGCUGAUGUGCAGAGAAGCUCUGACUGGUCUCUGUUACUGGGAGGUCGAGAGGAGAGGAAGAGUUCAUAUAUCAGUGACUUACAGAGGAAUCAGGAGGAAAGGAAACAGAGAGGACUGUGAAUUUGGAGAGAAUGAUCAGUCCUGGAGUCUGUACUGCUCUGAUGGUGGUUACUAUGUCAAGCACAAUAAGAGAAGAACACCCAUCUCCUCCUCCUCCUCCUCCUCCUCUGGUAGAGUAGCAGUGUAUCUGGAUCAUCCUGCUGGCUCUCUCUCCUUCUACAGAGUCUCCUCCUCCUCUCUGAUCCUCCUCCACACCUUCAGAACCACAUUCACUGAACCUCUCUACGCUGGGUUUGGGGUCUGCCCUGACUCCUCAGCGUCUCUGUGUCCUCUGUGUCCUCUGUAGGAGGAGACCACUUCCUGUCCUGGGGUCACAUGGUGUUUUAAAUGGAGGCUUCUCAUUGGUUACCGUGUGUCUCACUGAUUGUGUCUGUAAUAAAGUUUUCUUGAAGCAACGUAUUAAAGCUGAUCCUGAAGACUGUAGUGAUCGAUACGUUCAAUAAAGAUUUAGAACAAG